UCUGAGAUUGCCUGUUAGCUCGCUACUCUAAAACUUUUGCGAUGGUAGUAUGUUUAUAAUGCCAAAUUACCAUGCUUACUCGGUUUUGUAGAACGUUUCACGCUCAUGGCGUUAUAAGACUACAUUAAAUCAGAUAGGUGUGUAACGGUAACUUUGGACCAUAGCUACGGAUCGGUUCAAAUUUCCCGCUGUAUUCACCGCCAGCAACAGUGUCUAGCCUGCACCGGUGAAAGGGUAAAAGCAGCAGUAAUCCGUUUAGAGGUCUUAGUUAGCUGCAAGCAAGCUAGCUAACAAGCUAGCUGAACUGUGUCAAAAUGCAGACAACAGACAUAGGAAACAAGGAGGAUGGGAAAAUCUGGUAUCGAGCAGCACCGUCGCCAAGUUAUGGUGUCAUCGUCAACAUUGUUCGUAGUAUAGCUGCGCAUUCCGGCAAGACUGCCCGCUUCUUGCAGGUGGCCUUCGACACGACUGGGGAAGCCUUUAUCGCUGGUGACCACCUGGGAAAUAUCUACGUUUUUGAUAUCAGCAGAAACAGGUUUCGACUCAUUCAGAAAACAGGGCAGGCUUGCACUGCUUUGGCCUUUAACUUGCGCCGAACGACAGAGUACUUGGUUGCACUCGCUGACUACUCCAUAAAGUGCUUUGAUAAAGACACCAAGCAGCUGGUCAGCUGGAUGCGAGGUCACGACUGCGCAGUGUCCUCCGUGUCGGUCCACAGUUCUGGAAGGUACGCCAUCACCUGUUCAGCGGACACGGCACAGCUCUGGGACCUGGACACCUUCCAGAGGAAAAGGAAGCUGAAUGUCCGGCAAUCUGUGGGCAUACAGAAGGUGUUUUUUCUGCCUAUGAGUAACACCAUUCUCAGCUGCUUUAAUGAUGACUCCAUCUUUGCUUGGGAGAGCGAUACACUCUUCUGUAAAUACCAGUUACCAGUGCCACAGGAGGGGCCCAGACUGCACUACAGGGCUUUCGCUGUCACACGGGAUGGUCGCACUCUGGCUGCUGGGGGGCGGUCCAGCCUGCUCCACCUCUGGGGUCUGGAAAACCGGCAGCUCCUGAGGGUCGUCCAGAUGCCUCCCAAAGUCCGCACUGUGCGGCAGCUCGAGUUCCUCCCUGACAGCUUUGAUGGGGGGUCCAGCCAAAUCCUGGGAGUGCUGAGCCAGGAGGGCAUCAUGCGCUUCAUCAACAUCCAGACGUGUAAGCUGCUCUUUGACAUUGGCUGUAUUGACAACGCCAUCACCGCUGUGGCCAUCAGCCCCAGCGGGCACCACAUCGUAACCGUGAUGGACAGUGGAGGCCUGAGCAUCUACAGCGUCCAGGCCCUGACCCAGGAAGUGAACAAGCCUCCUGCACCCCUGGUGAAAGUGGUGACAGGCGCGAAUGCCGACGGUUCUGGUCUGAAGGUGAAGGUGUGGUCCGGAGGAGUCCAGAGGCCAGCCAAGACGUCCGGUCGCAGGGGGACAACCAAAGUCCUGAGACCGGCGACCACCCCUGCUCCAGAUGACAAAGAGAAUGAAUUGCCAGAAGGACUAAAUAAGAAGAGGCUCCAGGGUCUUUUGCAGGCAUUUGGGGAAUUCCCAGCCAAGUACAGGAUAUUUGUGUGGAGAUCCCUGUUGCACCUGCCAGAGAACCACGCUGCCUUCAACAGCCUGAUGGAGAAGGGCGUUCACUCGGCCUUCCUGACCCUCCACCAGCGCUACCCCAUCAAGAGCCAGAAGCUACAGCGUGGCCUGGAGAGGGUUUUGUCUGCUCUUGCUCACUGGUCAGCCAUCUUUGGAGAGACUGAAUAUCUACCCCUUGUGGCCUUUCCAUUUGUCAAGCUCUUCCAGAACAAUCGCCUCAUCUGCUUCGAAGUGGUUGCCACCAUCAUAGUGAACUGGUGUCAGCACUGGUUCGAGUACUUCCCCAACCCGCCACUCAAUGUACUGAGCAUGGUGGAGAACGUCCUGGCCCACCAUGACAAGGAGCUGCUGCAGCACCUCAUUAACUGUGGCAUCACCUCUCAGCUGUACGUGUGGCCUCUCCUGGAGACGCUGUUCUCAGAGGUCCUGACACGGGAGGAGUGGCUCAAGCUCUUUGACAAUGUCUUCGCCAAUCACCCGUCCUUCCUGCUGCUGGCGGUAGUGGCCUACCUCACCUGCUGCCGUGCCCCCUUGCUGCUCUGCAACCAAAAGGAGGACUUUGAGUACUUCUUCCACCAUCGCAACCACCUGGACAUGAGCGGUGUGGUGAGGGAGACGUACAGGCUGAUGGAUGUCACCCCCGCGGACAUCCACCCGCGUGGCAUGCUGAGUGACUUCGAGCCCCUCACCAGGGGCCAGUACCCCGUCUUCAACAAGUACCCCACCUUCAUCGUGGAACACCAGUCCCGGGAGAGGGAGAGGAUCCGGCAGCAGGAGGUGGAGUACCUAAGAGAAAAGCAGAUGGUGCAGGAGAUGCAGUCAGAGGUGGUGCGCAGGCAGGCAGAGGACCAGGCCUGGUACACACAGCAGGAGCUGCUUAAGGAUGCCGAGGAGCAGCGCAGGAAGAUUCUCCUGGAGGAGGAGUGCAAGCUGGCUGAGCAAAGGGCCAGGUUGGCUGCCCUGAAGCGCGAGCUGAAGCUGAAGGAGCUCCAGCUGAUCGAUGCGGCCAGGAGGCGCUUCCUGAAGUACCAGCAGGACCAGAAAUGGGCCGAGCUGCAGCGGCUGGACGACGAGAUCCACAGGAAGAUGACCGCCAGAGACCAGGAGACGGCGAUCGCCAUGCAGGAUAUGGAAGUGCGACAGAUGGCCAUAGAUGCGCAGAGGAGGCUGUUUGAGCAGCAAUUGGCCAAAGAGCAAGAGAGGGUGACCCAGGAAGUGAAGGCAGAGCUGGAUAUCCGCAGGCGCAGGGCAGAGCUGGAGGAGUCUACGUUCCACCAGCUGUUGCAUGCGGACACUGACAUCAACCUGGAAGCCAAGAAGGCGCUGGAGGAGUCCAUGGCCGAGGCGCAGCAGUUGGGCGCAGACACGGACUGGCAGGCAGAGAUCCUGCGGCGCCUGGACCGCGCCGACGCUGACCGGGAGAGGCACCAGCAGGAGCUGGCCCGCCUCAACAAGGACACCCACGACAAAGAGGAGCAGCUCCUCCAGGUCAUGAAGGAGGUGGAAGGCAAGAAGUGGGAGGAUGUGGUGGAGAAGAGGGCCCAGCUGAUGGAGGAGAGGGAGGCUGCCACCAUGUCGCAGUCCCGACGCAGCGCCUCCUUGUACAAGGAGAUGGAGGAAAGGGAGCAGCACCUGGACAGGCUGCGGAGCAGUCAGGACGAGUCGCUAUUGAAUCGCUGGGAGCUGAAUGCAAGGUCCCCUUGCUCCACCAGGGGACUGCUGCAAAAGCCUGCUCUAGUACAGACAAAGUCCAAUGGCAACAUCUGUCUGAACAACACGUCCUCCUCAUCCUCUUCCUGCUCUUCAGCAAAAUUUUCUCUGGACAGAGGCAGAAGGGAGCUGGACAAUAAGGAGCGCGAGCUGCUGCAGGACGUUAGAGACCUCCGGCAGAAAAUCGCCACCCGUGCCAAAAAUGCCGACCCCUUCACCUACUCGGCCAGCACUCAGUGAAAACGGAGGUCUGUUGGAAUGUUGGAGCAGGGACUGCAGUCUGGACCUUUACCAUUGUACUGCGCUGGUACAUUCACACUGGAACACACUGGAACAGGGGACCACAAAUGGACCAAUGCAG